AUGGCUCCACACUCGUUCGCGCGUACACUAUGUACGCUUCCAAUCUUUCUCUCCGGGGCUCUCUCCCAUAUGCAAAUGAAAGAGCCCUCACCACUACGAGACCCUCACAGCAACAGAAAAGAUGAGCCGAAGGACUGGAACAUCCUCACGCCUCUCAAGUCAGAUGGCAGUGAUUUUGCCUGCAAAGGCUACCAAUACAACACACCUCUCACCUCCGUCGCAGAGUAUGAAGCUGGCGAGACCUAUCAGUUGACCACGAUGGGCCAUGCUACCCAUGGUGGUGGCUCUUGCCAGAUCUCGCUCUCCUGCGACAACGGAUCAAACUUUAAAGUGCUGAAGAGCAUGAUGGGAGGUUGCCCGGAUCCCGAUAGGGAAUAUGACUUUACGAUUCCAGAGUAUGCAGAGACUGCACAGUGUCUUCUCGCCUGGACCUGGUUCAAUAGAAUUGGAAACCGCGAGAUGUAUAUGAAUUGUGCUGUCGUUGACAUUAUUGGUGCGGGAGACUCUACCAAGAGAUCUGCCUCUGCCUCUGCCGCAGUGGCUCAAGCCGCUUUAUCUGACCUACCUGACCUCUACGUUGCCAACCUUGCGGGUAUCAACAGUUGCAAGGUCGACGAGAUCACUGAUGCUGUGUUCGACAGACCAGGUGACGAUGUUGAGUACGGU